CGCGUCGUCAAGGCGCUCAAACCAUCUUUCAAUCACUGGCCGGCGUUCCUAACUCUUUCUGUACGGCGUCACACAAAACUAGAUAGAAACGACGCGGAGUUUGCAUUUAUUGUCCACAAAGCAAUGCGUCGAUUUUCUUUUUUGCAAAGUAUUACAGUACUUUUAUUGUUUGGUGCUUGUGUUUAUGUUUCAAAUCUCGUUGCGCAGUAUGUUCUAAAAGAGAAUGGUGGAUAUAGUCAAUGGUCUGUCUUUACUGAUUGUUCAAAGACAUGCGGUGGAGGCAUUCGUUCUCGCAGAAGAAAGUGUAACAACCCUCUUCCUAGUUUUGGUGGCAGUAACUGUUCAAGACUCGGGCCUCCUUCACAAGUGUUUGCAUGCAAUAGACAACCAUGUCCGAUAAACGGGGCAUACGGUCCAUGGGGUGAGUACGAAGCAUGCACUGUUACGUGUGGUGGAGGUGUGCAAGUACGAAGACGUCUGUGCGACAAACCUCCACCGCAAUACGGAGGUAAAAACUGUAAAGAAAUGGAACUUGGCGAUGACCAGGAAACAAAGAGUUGUAAUGAAGAAAAAUGUCCAGUUAAUGGUGGCUAUUCUGUUUGGAGUGAGUUCACCGAUUGCUCAAAGAGCUGUGGAGGUGGUGUCAAGUCACGUGCUCGCACUUGUACCAAUCCAUCUCCUGACGACAAAGGCAAGGACUGCGCAGAACUUGGACCAAGCAACGAAACAGAAUCGUGUAACAACGAGCCGUGUCCAACAACAAUGCCGACAACAGAACUGCCAAAGACGGAUGAUACAACUUUAUCACCCGAGACAACACUCGGGAAACAAACCGAGAAACCAACAACUGAGCAGAAUCCAGACACACCGGCUACAAGUCAACCAUUAGAUACAGAAACAAAACUGAAUACUACAUCUGAACAAUCUCCAACAACUAUAUCAACUCCAGAAACUACCAAAGAGGCCACGGAAACAAAAUCAAAUUGAAAUCACCAGAUCACUGAUAGGAACAGAUACGACAUCGUCAAGGCAGAGAUUUGAAGCGUUGUUUAGGUACUGCGGACAAGGAUAAAACUAAAAUCAARUACUCCUAGGCUUUUUAUAAUAAUUGCUUACUUGACUGUUAUAAAUGUAAAUCUUAUAUACAUUCAAAAUUAUAAAUACAAGUAACCUAUAGUGACAAGAUGCGGGAAAAUAAAUAAGCUCAGCAUAAAUAUUUUAAAUAUUAAAAUAAUCUGAUAGCGAUCGGGAUGAGCAAUGAACCAGACGACAAAACAGCAACAACAAAGCUAAUACUGAAAACAACUUUCUUCACUUGUAGCUAAUUGUACUGUUUUAUCAGCGUCAAAACAGAGUUGGUCUUAUGAUUUAGUAAAGUCUGUUAUCUUUCUAA